AUGUGGUCUAUGAAGAAGAUUUUGGAGAGUAGAGCAAUUUUCCAAGAGCUACAGAUCACUUCCAUGUUGCAGCAGCAAGAAUUCUCAAUUAAGAAGGUUUACAAAGUCAUGUUAGGAGAUCAUGAGCAUGUACAUUGGAAGAGGGUAGCCUGUAAUAAUAAAGCAAGUCCUAAAGCUUUAUUUGUUACUUGGCUGAUCCUUCAUGGGAGGUUGGCUACUAAAGAUAGGUUGUUUACAUGGGGCAUUACAAAUGAUGAUCAUUGUCCUUUAUGUAAUGAAGCUAGUGAGAGUAUAUCCCACCUAUUCUUUGAGUGUCCCUUUUCCAGGGCAAGCUGGAAUGCCUGCCAACAACAGCUCAAAGAAGUAGUGACUGUAAGAGCCUUAACUGAGGAAAUCAAUGUUGUUGCACUGAAGAGCAAGAGAAGUGGAGCUAAAGCACAGCUAUACUGCAUGAUGUUUGCUGAAACUAUGUAUCAAAUCUGGCUUCAAAGAAAUGCCAAGAUCUUUGGGGGCCUUAUGUUAGAUACAGUUGCUAAUUUUAGGCAAAUAUGCUUUAGAGUUGCUAGUAGAUGUAAUGAAUGUACUAGGAAGUUUAUGCUUUGGUAA